AUGGCACAAGAAGAGCUUCUACCCAAUAUUCCCAUCUACGCUCAACCCUCGAGACUUCGUCAGUGUACAACCGAAAAUGGAGGUGGAUCAGUUGAAGAAAGGUUCUCGACAACCAAGAGGUUGAGUGUGGUUGGUGAUAUUUCUCAUGCAGAACACGGUGCAUCAGAACGGGUUUAUGACGUGGCGUAUUGCGCAGGAUUGCUAACGCUGAGUAUGCCAGGGACAGUAACAGGAGUGGAUAGAAGUGACACGAUCUAUUCCACCAUGUCACAUCAACUGCUGAAACGAGUGGAUGCCCCUAAGAAACGGAAAGUCCAGGCAGACAAAAGAUUAUCGAGAGAAAGCCGUUCCUUGCCCUCGAAUCGACACAGUGGAGAGCUUGCUUCAGAUGCUGAUCCCAUGGAACCGUCAGGAUACAGUUAUCUAGGUUAUCAACGAUACAAACGGGAAAGGCAGAGCGGAAUUAGAGAGCUGCCCAUAAUCUCUGUUUCACAGCUGAGCCUCUCUGUUGACAUCCGAAAGAAUUGGGAACGCCUCUUACUGCGAAUGCCCAAACGUCGCUAUCUGUUACAAGGCAUUUCCUUCAACUUGAAUGGAGGGGACAUCUUUGCUAUUAUGUACACCUCU